CAAACAGCUCUUCUUGUUCCUGCCUCGUGUGUGCCGGGGGUCUGGGAGCAGCGCUGUGCUCCAGCAGGGAGCUCGGUGAUAAUGCUUGUCCCCAGAGCUCCGAGGGCUGUGUGUGCACUAUGUUUUCCUACCAUUUCUUUGCAGAAGAGCGGAGAAGAAAGCUCCAGGAGUACCUGGAGGCCAAAAGGAAGCUGAAAUGCCCCAGUACCAAGACCUAUUUAAAGGACCGGACUAAUCACCUGGAUCCACUCUUAAAACCAGUUUCUAAACCAGAACAUCUUGACAGGAACAAGAAGGGCACUGUCCAAAACGUAGCAAAGGGCACCUGGAAGGAUGGCAAGCUUGCUGCCAAACCUGCAAAGCCAGCUGGGCACGCUGCACUGCAGCAGUCUUCACGUGCAUCGCAGAGAGUAGCAGUGAUACGGCCACAGCAGCUGGGGAAGGGCACAGAGCUGCCUGCAGGGCUCGUUCCAAGCACAAACCCCUCUGCACAGCCCAGAGGGAGGCUCCCAACUUCUGCCUCUUGUCUCCUAAACUCUGGAAGGCCGGAAGAGACUGGAAGUGGCCAGCCUGUGCCCAGGGCACCUUGCUCCCUGAAUGAGGGCCUGCAGGAACGGCUUGGCUGUGGCAAAGAGAACUUGCCGGCACAAGCAGCUACGAACCCUGUGCCCAGCAACACUUUUCAGUCUAAUGGGAACAAUCUGGGGAAAAAGAGAGCUUUGGCUCACGGGCAGAGCUCAGGCACUGUGUCAAGGACUGUCAAGGGCCCAAAGGACAGAAUUAAUAGCUGCCAGACUAAGGAAAUGAUGAGAAAUCAGGAGAAAUUCAGGAAACCCCUGCCAGGCUCAAAAAGUGCAUCCCAAAGACCAAGCGGCACAACUCGGCCAUUGCAACCCCCUCAGUUACUUGCCAAUUCUACACGUUUGCUACAUAAAAAGCCAGUUGUAAAACAGGAAAAAAACAAUGCAGCAAGGGAACCUGUGGGAAAGCUUGGCAUGUCUCUGAUGGGAACUUUUAAGCACUCCACUAGAGUUCCUGCAAAGCCCCCAGCCUCCAGCCGGCCCCAGGGCACCACAAAUGGGCCCACAAGGACAACUGGCCUGCAGCUGUGCACCACAGUGCAGUGGCAAAGAGCCACAGUUAAAGGGGGAGCAGACAGGAAAGAUGUGAAGACAGCGCCUUCUGGACACACAGCAAUAUCCCGAGCGGGAGUCCCCAAAAAACAGUCUCUUCCCAGCACCUACAGCUCCAGAACUCAAGGAAAUCGGGGUGAAUUUGGGAGCAGGAGGGAGAUGCAUAAACCAGAGCUGCCACAGAGGCAUGGAGUGCAUGCUGGGCGUGUUCCCAAGAGCCCAACGCCAGAGGAUCGUAGGAGACAGCUGGAGCAGUGGCUGGCCUCCAAGGGCAAGUGCUACAAACGGCCGCCUAUGACACUGCCUCCAAAAAAGCCAAUGAAGCAGAAGGAGAAGCCAGCCCACAGGAGCACUGUGCGGGAGGAGCAGAAGCCAGAGAAGCCGGAGCAGCAAUACCUGGCCAGGAUCAAUGCCCUGCUGACAGAGUGCCUGAAGCUCAUCGAGGAGGGCGUCCCAUCGGAGGAGCUCUCAACAAUACUGUGCCAUGAGCCCAGUGCAGAGAAGUGUGCCAAGUUCUGGAUCUGCAAAGCCAAGCUGCUUGCCCGCAAUGGCCCUUUUGAUGUGACAGGGCUGUAUGAAGCAGCAGUCUGUGCAGGUGCUGAGCCACUCCAGGAGCUCAGAGAAGUUGUCCUUGAUAUUUUGAAGACUGCAGAACAACCAUCAGAAGGGGAAAAGCCUGAGCAGUGCCUUCUGUGGGAGCCCACAACACCUUGCCCAGGCGAGAGGCAGCACACGGCUGUGACUCCGUUCCAAAAAGAGCGCGCCCUGAGCAGCCUGCCUGUCUCCUCCAUCAAGCUACAAGUGACGUCUGUGCCCAGAGUGAGGGAGCUGCCAGAAGGCCAAGAACUGAAAUUCCUGACACCCGUGCGGCGCUCACUGCGCAUAGAGAGGGCUGGGAGCCGCUACCCGGAGAUGCUGAGGGACCACGACCCUGUGGUGUCAUCCCUCAGAGAAAUCCUGGAUGAUGAUGAGGAGACUCAGUUCUUUUUCCGGAAAAACAAAGCUUUGCCAGAGGUGGCAGAGGUGGAGGUUUUGAGUCUGUAGCCCCAAAUGUUGCUGAGGGGAUUCCCUGCUGGCUCACCCACCACGCUGCCUUGCACUUACACUGUUGCCUCUCAGAUGUAACUAUGCAGGAGUAGCUUUUUUCAGCCUUUUUCACUGUUUUUAAGUGUUUAAAACUUUACACUAGAGAUGCAGUGUGAGCCGGUGGGGUGGUGGGCAAGGUCUGGGAUUGCAGAUGUGUCAGCCAUUGACUCCUCCACCCCAAAGCACACCCUGGUUUUUGUGCUGACUGAUGGUUCUGGUCACUGCAGUGCUCUGGGUGCCUCUCAGGGCUUGGGAAGUGACGUCCCAAGGGUUUGCUCCUGAAGAAGGAACACACAGCCCCUGUCUGGGACCACCCUGCUGCCUCCUGCCACCAGGAGAGCUGUGCUCAGCCUCAAAGCCAGCAGUGCUGUGAGGGCACCCAGAGCCCAGGGUGCUGCAGGUUCCCCCCUGUAAGAGGAGCACAAUGGUUCUGCUGACGCUAAGACAGAGCAGAGCCCCAUCUUCAUCUUCCUGCCCCUAGCGAACAGCAGUCCUGCUGCCCCACUGCUCCUCCCCACCCAGCUUUGUGAGUGUCUUUAUCCAGGAACCUCAGCUGGCUGAGGAGCUGCAGGAGCAGCAGAACCAGCAGCACAGAGCUGCUCCAGGGCUUGCAUGCAGCCAUAGCACUUGUCCCAGCUGCUGGCCCAGGCCUUGGGAAUUGCCCUUUGCUCCAAUCUUCCCCAGUCUUGGGGCAAAGGAAUUUUCCUUUGAAAAAAAAUAUAAUUUAUGUCUCUUCUAUUACUAUGUGACUCCAAUAAAACUUUGGCAGAA